AUAGUCAGGAUGAAGAAGGAAACCAACAUGAAGAAUCAACAUCAACUACAGAUGAAGAGACAGACCCACAGAACAGAGAUCAGAGGAAGAGAAGAGACAGAAGUCAUGUCCAAAGUGUGGACAGCUCUCACAUGUCAGCAGGUCAGUGUGACUCUGAUGUUAGAAAAAAUCCCAAGAAGACAAAUCUUGGUAAGAAAGACAAACAAUCUCAAAAAGAAGAGAAACUUUCCUCUAUCAGGUCUGGUAAAAACUCAAGAAUAAUCACUAACCCGUCUGACUACAUGGAAACUGGGUCUGAUGAAAGAUGUUAUAUCUGUAAAGAAUGUGACAAAAGCUUUUGUAACAAAUCUCAGUUCAGAAUUCACACAAGAAUCCAUGCAGAAGAUAAGAGAUUUACUUGUAAAGACUGUGAGAAAAGAUUUAGUCGCAGAUUUCAUCUCAAAACACACAUGAGAAUUCACACAGGAGAAAAGCCUUUUUCUUGUAAAGAAUGUAAAAAAAGUUUUAAUGUAUUAUCUCAUCUCAAACAACACAUGAGAACUCACACAGGAGAAAAGCCUUUUUCUUGUAACGAAUGUAGAAAGAGUUUUAAUCAAUUAUCUCAUCUCAAAACACACAUGAGAAUUCAUACAGGAGAAAAGCCUUUUUCUUGUAAAGAAUGUAGUAAGAGUUUUUAUGAAAUAUCUAAUCUCAAAAGACACAUGAGAACUCACACAGGAGAAAAGCCUUAUUCCUGUCAAGAAUGUGAUUCAAGUUUUAGUGAUGGAUCUAGUCUCAAAACACACGUGAGAACUCACACAGGAGAAAGGCCUUUUCCGUGUAAAGAAUGUAAUAAAAGCUUUAGUCGUAUAUCUCAUCUUUACAUACACAUGAGAACUCACACAGGAGAAAAGCCUUUUUCUUGUAAAGAAUGUAAAAAAAAAUUUACUCAAAAAUCUAGUCUCAAAACACACAUGAGAAUUCACACAGGAGAAAAGCCUUUUUCUUGUAAAGAAUGUAAAAAAAGUUUUAAUCAAAUAGCUAAUCUCCAAACACACAUGAGAACUCACAAGACUUUCUCUUUAAAAACAAUGUAAUAAAGGAGUUAGUGUAAACUCUUAAAUUCUAAACUUUUCUGAUAAGGGGUCGACACCUCAACCUCUGCACCACAGUCGAAGACUUUAUUUUACAGGAGGGAAAAAUCUGAUGGCCUCCAUACCAUAUUGAUGAAGUAACUUCAUUAGAGGGAGGCACAAGUGAGUAUUUAAUGUGUAGAAAUAAAGUUUUCUACAAAUUUAUUGUUAUAAUAUGAUAUUCUUACUUUCUAGGAAUUCUUUUUAGGUUUUCAUCUUCUCUACAUCAAAAGCAAAAAAAGUAAUGGAUCGAUACAUUUGAAUCUUUGUGUAAUGAUUUUAGACAAAGAGUUUUAUUGCUGACAAAAUAUGUACAACCUUUUUAUAAAAUGAAUUGUUUUAGAUGUACCUGAAAAUGGAAAUGAGUUGUUUGUUAUGAGUCAUUAGAGCUAAUAUGGUUGAAAUGUUUUUUUUAUAUAUAUCUUUUAUUCUAACACUUUUAAUGUGAUCAGUGAACAUUUAAUAAAUUUUUAAACACAAA